AUGAAAUUUCGCACUUUAUACAUAUCGGAACAGGUAAGGAAAGCUGAGAUGCUAAAAUUGCAGCACGGCGGCGAUGGCGCCGAGUCGCUAGAGCGCGUGCGCGAGCUGCGCGCGCUCUGCGGGCGCGAAGUGCAGCACGGCGGCGAUGGCGCCGAGUCGCUAGAGCGCGUGCGCGAGCUGCGCGCGCUCUGCGGGCGCGAAGUGCAGCACGGCGGCGAUGGCGCCGAGUCGCUAGAGCGCGUGCGCGAGCUGCGCGCGCUCUGCGGGCGCGAAGUGCAGCACGGCGGCGAUGGCGCCGAGUCGCUAGAGCGCGUGCGCGAGCUGCGCGCGCUCCUGCGGGCGCGAAGUGCAGCACGGCGGCGAUGGCGCCGAGUCGCUAGAGCGCGUGCGCGAGCUGCGCGGCGCUCUGCCGGGCGCGAAGUGCAGCACGGCGGCGAUGGCGCCGAGUCGCUAGAGCGCGUGCGCGAGCUGCGCGCGCUCUGCGGGCGCGAAGUGCAGCACGGCGGCGAUGGCGCCGAGUCGCUAGAGCGCGUGCGCGAGCUGCGCGCGCUCUGCGGGCGCGAAGUGCAGCACGGCGGCGAUGGCGCCGAGUCGCUAGAGCGCGUGCGCGAGCUGCGCGCGCUCUGCGGGCGCGAAAGCGCGUGCCGCGAGCUGCGCGCGCUCCUGCGGGCGCGAAGUGCAGCACGGCGGCGAUGGCGCCGAGUCGCUAGAGCGCGUGGCGCGAGCUGCGCGCGCUCUGCGGGCGCGAAGUGCAGCACGGCGGGCGAUGGCGCCGAGUCGCUAGAGCGCGUGCGCGAGCUGCGCGCGCUCUGCGGGCGGCGAAGUGCAGCACGGCGGCGAUGGCGCCGAGUCGCUAGAGCGCGUGCGCGAGGCUGCGCGCGCUCUGCGGGCGCGAAAGUGCAGCACGGCGGCGAUGGCGCCGAGUCGCUAGAGCGCGUGCGCGAGCUGCGCGCGCUCUGCGGGCGCGAAGUGCAGCACGGCGGCGAUGGCGCCGAGUCGCUAGAGCGCGUGCGCGAGCUGCGCGCGCUCUGCGGGCGCGAAGUGCAGCACGGCGGCGAUGGCGCCGAGUCGCUAGAGCGCGUGCGCGAGCUGCGCGCGCUCUGCGGGCGCGAAGUGCAGCACGGCGGCGAUGGCGCCGAGUCGCUAGAGCGCGUGCGCGAGCUGCGCGCGCUCUGCGGGCGCGAAGUGCAGCACGGCGGCGAUGGCGCCGAGUCGCUAGAGCGCGUGCGCGAGCUGCGCGCGCUCUGCGGGCGCGAAGUGCAGCACGGCGGCGAUGGCGCCGAGUCGCUAGAGCGCGUGCGCGAGCUGCGCGCGCUCUGCGGGCGCGAAGUGCAGCACGGCGGCGAUGGCGCCGAGUCGCUAGAGCGCGUGCGCGAGCUGCGCGCGCUCUGCGGGCGCGAAGUGGCAGCACGGCGGCGAUGGCGCCGAGUCGCUAGAGCGCGGUGCGCGAGCUGCGCGCGCUCUGCGGGGCGCGAAGUUGCAGCACGGCGGCGAUGGCGCCGAGUCGCUAGAGCGCGUGCGCGAGCUGCGCGCGCUCUGCGGGCGCGAAGUGCAGCACGGCGGCGAUGGCGCCGAGUCGCUAGAGCGCGUGCGCGAGCUGCGCGCGCUCUGCGGGCGCGAAGUGCAGCACGGCGGCGAUGGCGUUGA